CAAGCUCCAAGCUCCCGCCGGGGUAACUGGAACCCAGUCCGAGGGUCAUGGAGGCGUCCCGUAGGUUUCCGGAAGCCGAGGCCUUGAGCCCAGAGCAGGCUGCUCAUUACCUAAGAUAUGUGAAAGAGGCCAAAGAAGCAACUAAGAAUGGAGAUCUGGAAGAAGCAUUUAAACUUUUCAAUUUGGCAAAGGACAUUUUUCCCAAUGAAAAGGUGCUGAGCAGAAUCCAAAAAAUACAGGAAGCCUUGGAAGAGUUGGCAGAACAGGGAGAUGAUGAAUUUACAGAUGUGUGCAACUCUGGCCUGCUGCUUUAUCGAGAACUGCACGACCAACUCUUUGAGCACCAGAAGGAAGGCAUAGCUUUCCUCUAUAGGCUGUAUAGGGAUGGAAGAAAAGGUGGUAUAUUGGCUGAUGAUAUGGGAUUAGGGAAGACUGUUCAAAUCAUUGCUUUCCUUUCUGGUAUGUUUGAUGCUUCACUUGUGAAUCAUGUGCUGCUGAUCAUGCCAACCAAUCUUAUUAACACAUGGGUAAAAGAAUUCAUCAAGUGGACUCCAGGAAUGAGAGUCAAAACCUUUCAUGGUCCUAGCAAGGAUGAACGGACCAGAAACCUCAAUCGGAUUCAGCAAAGGAAUGGUGUCAUUAUCACUACAUAUCAGAUGUUAAUCAAUAACUGGCAGCAACUUUCAAGCUUUAGGGGCCAAGAGUUUGUGUGGGACUAUGUCAUCCUUGAUGAAGCACAUAAAAUAAAAACGUCAUCUACUAAGUCAGCAAUAUGUGCUCGUGCUAUUCCUGCAAGUAAUCGCCUCCUCCUCACAGGAACCCCAAUCCAGAAUAAUUUACAAGAACUAUGGUCCCUAUUUGAUUUUGCUUGUCAAGGGUCCCUGCUGGGAACAUUAAAAACUUUUAAAAUGGAGUAUGAAAAUCCUAUUACUAGAGCAAGAGAGAAAGAUGCUACCCCAGGAGAAAAAGCCUUGGGAUUUAAAAUAUCUGAAAACUUAAUGGCAAUCAUAAAACCCUAUUUUCUCAGAAGGACUAAAGAAGACGUACAGAAGAGAAAGUCAAGCAACCCAGAGGUCAGACUUAAUGAAAAGAAUCCAGAUGUUGAUGCCAUUUGUGAAAUGCCUUCCCUUUCCAGGAAAAAUGAUUUAAUUAUUUGGAUACGACUUGUGCCUUUACAAGAAGAAAUAUACAGGAAAUUUGUGUCUUUAGAUCAUAUCAAGGAGUUGCUAAUGGAGACGCGCUCACCUUUGGCUGAGCUAGGUGUCUUAAAGAAGCUGUGUGAUCAUCCUAGGCUCCUGUCUGCACGGGCUUGCUGUUUGCUAAAUCUUGGGACAUUCUCUGCUCAAGAUGGAAAUGAGGGCGAAGAUUCCCCAGAUGUGGACCAUAUUGAUCAAAUAACUGAUAACACAUUGAUGGAAGAAUCUGGAAAAAUGAUAUUCCUAAUGGACUUACUUAAGAGGCUGCGAGAUGAGGGACAUCAAACUCUGGUGUUUUCUCAAUCGAGGCAAAUUCUAAACAUCAUCGAACGCCUCUUAAAGAAUAGGCACUUUAAGACAUUGCGAAUCGAUGGGACGAUUACUCAUCUUUUGGAACGAGAAAAAAGAAUUAACUUAUUCCAGCAAAAUAAAGAUUACUCUGUUUUUCUGCUUACCACUCAAGUAGGUGGUGUCGGUUUAACAUUAACUGCAGCAACUAGAGUGGUCAUUUUUGACCCUAGCUGGAAUCCUGCAACUGAUGCUCAAGCUGUGGAUAGAGUUUACCGAAUUGGACAAAAGCAGAAUGUUGUGGUUUAUAGGCUAAUCACUUGUGGGACUGUAGAGGAAAAAAUAUACAGAAGACAGGUUUUCAAGGACUCAUUAAUAAGACAAACUACUGGUGAAAAAAAGAACCCUUUCCGAUAUUUUAGUAAACAAGAAUUAAGAGAGCUCUUUACAAUUGAGGAUCUUCAGAACUCUGUAACCCAGCUGCAGCUUCAGUCUUUGCAUGCUGCUCAGAGGAAAUCUGAUACAAAACUAGAUGAACACAUUGCCUACCUGCAGUCUUUGGGGAUAGCCGGAAUCUCAGACCAUGAUUUGAUGUACACAUGUGAUCUAUCUAUUAAAGAAGAACUUGAUGUGGUAGAAGAAUCUCACUAUAUUCAACAAAGGGUUCAGAAAGCGCAAUUCCUUGUUGAAUUUGAGUCUCAAAAUAAAGAGCUCCUGAUGGAACAACAAAGAAAUAGAAAUGAGGGGGCCUGGCUAAGAGAACCUGUACUUCCUUCUUCAACAAAGAAGAAAUGCCCUAAAUUGAAUAAACCACAGCCUCAGCCUUCACCUCUUAUAAGUACUCGUCAUACUCAGGAAGAAGAUAUCAGUUCCAAAAUGGCAAGUGUAGUCAUUGAUGAUCUGCCCGAAGAGGGUGAGAAACAAGAUCUCUCCAGUAUAAAGGUGAAUGUUAGCACCUUGCAAGAUGGUAGGCACCCAUAUGAAGGUACAUGUAGUGCUGACUCUAUAGCUACUUUAUCCAAGGGGUUUGGAAGUGUAGAAGAACUUUGUACUAACUCUUCAUUGGGAAUGGAAAAAAGCUUUGCAACUAAAAAUGAAGCUGUACAAAAAGAGACAUUACAAGAGGGGCCUAAGCAAGAGGCACUGCAAGAGGAUCCUCUGGAAAGUUUUAAUUAUGUACUUAGCAAAUCAACCAAAGCUGAUCUUGGGCCAAAUUUAGAUCAACUAAAGGAUGAUGAGAUUUUACAUCAUUGCAAUCCUUGGCCCAUUAUUUCCAUAACAAAUGAAAGUCAAAAUGCAGAAUCAAAUGUAUCCAUUAUUGAAAUAGCUGAUGACCUUUCAGCAUCCCAUAGUGCAUUGCAGGAUGCUCAAGCAAGUGAGGCCAAGUUGGAAGAGGAACGUUUAGCAUCUUCACCACAGUAUGCAUGUGAUUUCAAUCUUUUCUUGGAAGACUCAGCAGACAACAGACAAAAUUUUUCCGGUCAGUCUUUAGAACAUGUUGAGAAAGAAAAUAGCUUGUGUGGCUCUGCACCUAAUUCCAGAGCAGGGUUUGUGCAUAGCAAAACAUGUCUCAGUUGGGAGUUUUCUGAGAAAGAUGAUGAACCAGAAGAAGUAGUAGUUAAAGCAAAAAUCAGAAGUAAAGCUAGAAGGAUUGUUUCAGAUGGCGAAGAUGAAGAUGAUUCUUUUAAAGAUACCUCAAGCACAAAUCCAUUCAACACAUCUCUCUUUCAAUUCUCAUCUGUGAAACAAUUUGAUGCUUCAACUCCCAAAAAUGACAUCAGUCCACCGGGAAGGUUCUUUUCAUCUCAAAUACCCAGUAGUGUAAAUAAGUCUAUGAACUCUAGAAGAUCUCUGGCUUCUAGGAGGUCUCUUAUUAAUAUGGUUUUAGACCACGUGGAGGACAUGGAGGAAAGACUUGACGAUAGCAGUGAAGCAAAGGGUGCUGAAGAUUAUCCAGAAGAAGGGGCAGAGGAAAGCAGUGGCGAAGCCUCCAAGUAUACAGAAGAGGAUCCUUCAGGAGAAACACUGUCUUCAGAAAACAAGUCCAGCUGGUUAACGACAUCUAAGCCUAGUGCUCUAGCUCAAGAGACCUCUCUUGGUGCCCCUGAGCCUUUGUCUGGUGAACAGUUGGUUGGUUCUCCCCAGGCGGCAGAGGCUACGAAUGACUAUGAGACUCUUAUAAAGCGUGGAAAAGAACUAAAAGAGUGUGGAAAAAUCCAGGAGGCCCUAAACUGCUUAGUUAAAGCGCUUGACAUAAAAAGUGCAGAUCCUGAAGUUAUGCUCUUGACUUUAAGUUUGUAUAAGCAACUUAAUAACAAUUGAGAAUGUAACCUGUUUAUUGUAUUUUAAAGUGAAACUGAGUAUGAGGGAAUUUUUGUUUCCAUAAUUGGAUUCUUUGGGAACAUGAAGCAUUCAGGCUUAAGGCAAGAAAGAUCUCAAAAAGCAACUUCUGCCCUGCAACGCCCCCCACUCCAUAGUCUGGUAUUCUGAGCACUAGCUUAAUAUUUCUUCACUUGAAUAUUCUUAUAUUUUAGGCAUAUUCUGUAAAUUUAACUGUGUUGUUUCUUGGAAAAUUUUGUAAAAUUGUUCUGGUCAUUCUUAAUUUUACUCUGAAAGUGAUCAUCUUUGUAUAUAACAGUUCAGAUAAGAAAAUUAAAGUUACUUUUCUCAAGUGUUUUCCA